AGAAAACGCAUACCAAAAGUUGAUGCAACAGAAUUGAAAGGAGUUUCAUAUUUUCAAAUUAUUUAUUUGAUCAAAUUAGUUAUUUGAAAAUAGAAAGGUUUAUUAAUUUCACAUACUGAAAUUUCUGACUCGAUUGCAUUGCAGUCUUGUAAGAAGUUCAGGUCUCUUGAAAACAACUAACUUGCUGGUGGAUUGUUAGUAACCUAUACACUUGGUAAAGUACGUCUUCUCUUGUAUUUCAUUUUCAAGAUUCACUUGUUUCUUAUAAAGAUAUCUCUUAAUUGAAAAGUCAUUUCAUCCAGGCGUGCUAUAUUUGUGUACAGAGAAUGGCUCUAACAGAAAAUGAAAAACAAGAAUCUUUAGAGUCUACAGAUAUCGGUUCCGGAAUCAAUGCAAUGACUAACAAGCUGUUGGAUGAUAUUUCUAACGAGUUUGAAACUUUACGAAAACAAUUUGUCGAAAAACUGGAAACAAUGACCAAUCGACUUGACACAUUAGAGGACUCCAUGAGAACUUCAUUAGGUUCGUCACCAUCACCAUCGCUAUCUGUCAAUCCUAAUUUGAAUCCUUCUUCUACAGUAGAAGAUCACAAGCAGCCUGAGUAGCUAGUUUUAACUCAAUUUUCCUUUGAUCUAGGGCGCUACUAUCAUACUCUUACUAAAGCCGAUUCGGAUUGAUCAUGUUCUGUCAUAAGCGAUGAUUAUAAUCUUUCUACUCUUAGGAACUACUUUCUAUGAAUACCAUGCUUCACAACUUUUUUACUCGCUUCUCUUUACUUAAUAGAUUGCAAGCUUUCAUUUGCGUCAACAUAACCUAAGUCUCAAUCAUAUAUACACAGCACACAUAAAUAUAAAAUAUAAAUAAAUAUCCUAUUGGCAUUUUAAAAUCUCAUAAACAAUUCUCAUCA